ACCGGCGCCGCGGCUGCUUCCCCGCGACCAGUGGAGAGGAGGACCCGAAGGCUCAGCGCCCCCAGCAGCUUCUUCGACCAGCGGGCGGCGGCGGAGCCCAAGCGGGAGGUGGUCACCACGAGCUCCACCGCCUGGCGGACGGCGCCCAGCAGCAUGGGGUGACGCAGGCCUCCUGGGCGGAGCAUCCCGUGGAAGGCGCGGCCGGGAGAGCGUGGCGGCGGGAUGGGGUCGUGAAGAACCACCUUGACUAG